GCUAACGGUUACUCGCUCACAAACAAAAUCUUGUAGUGUCAGUUUAAUUUAUUUUUUACUUUAACUUCGAUUCCAUAAACAUUUAUUAUAAUGGCGCGUAGUUGGAAUUUGUGAUUAUAUUUUUUUUGUCGCUUUGGUUUGGUUUCUAUAAUAAACUUAUUAUUGUUGUUGUUUUUCUUUAUAUUUUUGUUGUUGGUGGAAAAAUGUAAAAAAAAAUGAAGAUUGUAUAGAAAAUUGGCCGCCACAAAACCUAUAAACAAAAUAUUCUUUAUAAAUUUGUGUUUUUUUUUCUUUGUGAACGUUAAUAUUGAGUUAAACUAUAAAUUUAAUUAAAUAAUUAAAUUAGCACAAAAAUUUAAUUAAUUGUAAACAAAAAAAUAGGAAAAAUUCCUAAAGAAAAAUACAAGAAAAACAGAAUUACACACAGCUUGUAAAUUGAGUGUUUAACAUAAAAAGAAACAAGAAAAAGAAAGAAAAUAAAAGCGACAACAAGAACAUUCAAAAAAGGAUCCUUAAUGAAAACAAUGAAAAGGUCUUAAAAUCCUUUAAGCAACUGACUAUAUAAACUUCUUGGCAAGAAAAAAGUAAAAACAAUAACAACCAAGCAACACCAAGUAACCAAACAAUAAUAUAAGAGGGAAAAAAUAUAAGAGGAAAUAAAACAUACACACUCGUAAAUACAAAAAAAAAAAAAAAAAAUACAAUAACAACAGUUAAUAAAUGAACAAAAAAGAAACGGAAGCAGAAAAGUGAAAUGAUGAAAAAAUAUUAAAUGUUUAGAAAAAUACAAACAUCCGUGAUUUGCAUUUUAAUAAACUAAACAAUAACACAACAUAAACAACGAUUCUAAAGCGGAAGUUAAAGAAAAAUACAAAAAAAAAAAAAUAAUUUUUAAAAAGUGUAAAUAUGUUGUGAAUAUUAGAACAAGUGUAACGUUUAAAAUUGCAUAUAAAAUAAUUUUUCAUUAAAAAAAACCAAGAAAAACGCUCUUACUUCCGUUAAACGUAAAAGGAAACGGAUAUGCUUGUUACCAAGUCAUUGUACGUAACAAAUAUAAAUAUAAAAAGGUGUCAUAACACAAACAAACUAACACUUCAACAGCAUACAAGUGUGGCUUAGAUUUCAUACUAAUACCUCUAAUAUCAACUAAUAAAUUUUCAAGUUAAGCUCAAACACAAAAGAGAUAAAACAGCAAGCACACUUCCGCUUUCAACACUCCAACACACAAACACACACACACGCACUCACACUACUCUGUUUUGCAACGGAAAUGCAUAUAAAGUGCAAUUCGUAACAAUGGAAAUCGAUGUUAAUCUACGUAAGCCAACAACGGCAAAUGGUUUAGAGCUCAAGACCAUCUCAGCUGGAAGUUAUAGUAAUAACAAUGGUCACAGCAAUCUACACAGCCAUCUACACAACAAUAACAAUAGCAUUAAUAAUCAUCAACAACAACAACAACAACAACAACAACAGCAUCGCAGCAGCAGUAGCAAUAGCAACAGCAACAAUAUAACCACAUCAUCAGAACCAUUGUCCAGUCCACCAUUUGGUUGUUGCGGCAUAUUAAGUCGUCUCUUGUGCAGCAGUCAUACACGUGCUAAAACCGGCACUUCUAGUGGUGAUUACAAUACUUACAACAAUUGUGGCACAAUGUCGCCUGCAACACAUGCGAAUGGCAACAGUGGUUAUGUUACGGCAGCAGCAACAAAUGCAGUAACUGCAACUCCCCAUCAUAAUUCUUCGUAUAUGAAUCUGUUGAAAAAGAAUCAUACACAUCGUCGCACACCCCAAGAGAUUUAUUUCGAGAGUCGUGGUAAAUCUUGCAAGAAAUUAUUGAAAUUCAAUGGAAACUCCAAUAAGAUAUUACUUUAUCCCGAAGAGGGUUGGGCACGCACUGCCUCCUCCUCAUAUUGGACUAUAACGCCCUGUUGGUGGCAACCCAAUCGUUGUCGCAUUGAGGAAUUUGCAGGCACACAACGUCAGGUUACCAAAGCCAAAAUGGUGCCACUUGAACAAAAAGGUUCCCUACUAAUCGUUGGUCAUUUUCGCAGUAAAAAUUCAUCAUCCUCAUCUACGGCAUCCUCGAUGUCGGCAGCAGCAUCAACAACAUCUGCCGCAUCAACAACAACAUCGACUACCACAACAUUGUGCUCGCCACUGGCAUCAUCAUCGUCCAAGGAUAAUGAUGAAUUUAAAUUGUAUUUAAGUUCAAACAUUUCGAUGGAAGACUAUAAUAUGGGUUACUGUCUGACGGGUUUCGUUGAGCGACGAUGUCAGCAAACGAAUACAUUUCAAAUGACACACUUUGCUGUCAUUAAACGUCAAUGGCCGUCCUUAGCGCAAAAUAAUAAAAGCACUAAAACGAACAGCGGCAGCAGCAGCAGUAGUUGGUCGACCAGCUGUACUGGUAGUGGGGGUAAUGCUGCUGGAAAGUCAACGUAAUUAUAGUAUUUAAAUAGGGUUUUUAUUUACAUAUUUAUUGGUUUUACUUGAAAUGUACAAUUUCCUCUUUAUUUGUUUGUGUUUUCUUUCCUUCUCUCUCUCUCCCUCUCUGUGUAUGUAUAUGUGUAUAACAGUUUGUUUUUAAAUCAAAAUUAUUAAACUCAUAGCAUACUGUUGCAGUGCUAUUGAUGAUACUUUAACUAGAAUAACCAAAGAUACAAAUUAAAGUAUACUUUAAGGGCUUACAAAGUAAUGUUACUAAAAGCAUAAUGCAAAGAGUUAAAUAAGCUACUAGCUGUUUACUUUAUUGUUGGAAUAAACUUCGAUUUUUAUUUAAGUUUUUAAUUAAAUAUUUUAAAAAGGGGUUUCUUUUUCAUUAUAAAAAAAUGCAUUUGGUGUAUGUAUGUAAAUAAAAAAUAGAAAUUUGUUUAAAGUUUACAACUUGAAAAUAGUUAAAUACAUUUGAUAAAAUAGCAUACUUUUAGGAUUAAAACCUUUGUGUGCAACUUGUAUGCUGAUUUAAUAAGCAGAAAUUUAUUGAAUAAUUUUUAUGAUUUUAUUCAUAUUGAAUAAUUUUUAUGGUUUUCUUGAAUCAUUAAUAAUUUUAAUGAUUUUAUAAUAUUAAUUAAUUUCUGUUUUAUAUGUUGUUUCUAUAUUACGUGUGAGUAUAUCGAGUUAAAAUUUUAAUUGUAUUUUGUUUUUGUUAUAAUAUGUGUGCUCAAACUACUCGUACGUUUUCUAGAAACAGCACAAUUAAUUAUUUUAUUUGCGGCAUAAAUGUGUAUGUAAUUAGUUGGUAAAACUUUUUUAAAGUACCUUUAUAUAUAACACCAUAAUUAUUGAUUUUUUUUGUUAUUAAUAGUUAAUGUUAUAUGAAAUAACUAUAGUAAAGGAAGGUCCAUUCACACAAUUUGAUAUGCAGAUCAUUCAGAGGGUAUAUCCGAUAUAUUGGUAAUUUUGUCAAAAAUCUUGCUAAUAAUACAAUCCAUUUCAGUUUAGUUAAUAAACUAGUCAACAUACUAGUCCACAAUGAAGUUGAUUUAGAAGUCUAUAGACAAGUCAACCGACUAGUCCAUAACGAAGUUCAUAUAGAAGUCUAUAGUCAAGUCCGUUAACUAGUUCAUAUACAAAUGUAAAUACUAUUCUCUAGAUUAGUUUAUAUAUCAGUUCAUAGAUUAAUCCGUAGUUAUGUUUAAAGGCUAGUCCAUAAAACGUCCAUUUGUCCGAAGUUGUCUUCUAACACUAAAACCAUUGACUAGUCUAUAGUCUUAUCUAUAGUCUAGUACUCGGAUUGUAAGGAUUGUAUGGAUUUUCCAUGUAUUAAUUCGUAGUCACAUCCAUCGAUAGGCAUUACAAAAUCGACAAUUUCCCACGACAAUUGGAUCUCCGCUGCAGAACGGCCCGAUUUCCAAUCGACCAAAGGUGGUCAACUUAGCAAUCAGCCGGAAGUUUUUUCCCCGGGGAAGGACAUCUAGUUACAGCCAACCUGUUACAGCAACAACAAAAUCGGCAUGAAAGCUGGAAAAACUGACUAUAAUCUAGCGUUGAGUCUAUCGAUUACUUUGUUGUUUAUAUGUCUAUAGAAUAGGGAUGGUGAAGGGGAAUUCUCUCCCCUCAA